GGCUAAGACAAAGCGCGUUUAAAUUCAACAAACCGCGACGAACACGCUUUGCUUUUGUCUCCUCAUCAACUAAGAUAAAUUUUCUUUCAAACAUUAAAAAAAAAAAAAAAAUCAUUUCAUUUCAUUCCAUUCCAUUUCUCAUCAGAUCCAUCAAAUACAAAAUCAAAACAAACAGAAAAUGGCUAACAAUAACAAGAACAGCAACAGCAAUGAUAACGGCACCGUUGAUUCAGAGUCCAGUCCUCUUUUGGAGAAGCAGGUGGUAGAAGAAGAAACCAAGAAUGAGAAGAAAUCGAACGUUCAUACCAAUCCGCAAGCUGAGAAAUCUGAAUCUCUGGCGCCGGAAUUCGGUGUAUAUGGUUUGACCGCGAAUGGGCUGCCGUUGACUCACGGGAGUGUGAUGGGUGAGCCCAUGGGCCGAACCCAGUGGGACUCCUCUCUCUGCGCUUGCCUUGGUCGUAAUGAUGAAUUCUGCAGCAGCGAUCUUGAAGUUUGUCUUCUUGGAAGCAUGGCUCCAUGUGUGCUGUAUGGAAGCAAUGUGGAGAGGCUUGGUUCUGCUCCUGGGACCUUUGCAAAUCACUGUCUCCCUUACACUUGUCUGUACCUGAUUGGAAAUGCCGUCUUGCGUUGUAAUUUCCUUGCACCUUGUUUUUCAUAUCCUAGCCGUACAGCUAUUCGUAAGAAAUUUAACCUGGAGGGUAGCUUUGAAGCACUUAACAGGUCUUGUGGGUGUUGCGGAAGCUGUGUGGAAGAUGACAUGCAACGUGAGCAAUGUGAGUCGGCUUGUGAUUUUGCAAAUCAUUUCUUCUGUCACAGAUGUGCUCUAUGCCAAGAAGGUCGUGAGCUUCGUCGAAGGUUGCCUCCUCCUGGGUUCAAUGCUCAACCUGUGUUGGUUAUGAUUGCCCCAGGGGAACAGACCAUGGGCCGUCGAGUCUGAGGACAUGCUUACUUGCUAUUGUGCCCCAACUCAACAUGAAUGAUUUCUAUUAAUGUCUAUACUUUUAAUAACAGGAUGUGGUAUUGUACAAUCAUGUUGUUGCCUUAUUUGCAUCCUCCUGGUUUGUUCGACCUAGUAUAAAUAUGUGAUGGAUUUGUAGCAGACUUUGCUUAUGUUGUGUUUGUUAUUGUGUUGCUGAGAUGUGUAUCCAGACUAUGAAUGUUAAAGCGAAAGUGCAUACCUUAGGUUUGUCAACUAUCCUUCUAGUUGCAAGGUUUUACAUCUAUGCAUUUUGUCAAGUCCAGUUGUAAAGGUGAAUGAAAUGAAAUCUUGACAUGCUGUAUGAAGA